CCUCUCGCUACUCCGACAUAGUCGAACUUGUUAGUAACCUGCAUUCGUGGACAAGCUCCCCUGUUGUUCACAUCCAGAUGCUGUUAUCUUGCCGUCAGUUGACCCGGUGUGCUUGUUCGCUUCAAAUUCCAGUUCGCAAUCUCAGAACCCAAGCGCGCCAUGAGUACUUACAACCGGAAGAGCCAGAGGAAGAAGCUUUCAUGAGAUCAUUGAGUCUCACAACCCCAAGACAGCUAGUCCACUACCUCAACCAAUUCGUAAUUGGACAAGAGAGGGCGAAGAAGAUUCUUUCUGUUGCCGUUUUCAACCACUAUAACCGAGUACGUGCCAAUCUCUCCGCCAUUGAGAAGCAGGUAGACACACAAAGUUGGGAUGAGUCGAGCUCUCGAGGUGCAGUGACCACUGCGCAAAUCCAUCCUCAUCCCAAACGCGUCCGACAACUUUCGUGGCAACCCUCUCAACUAUAUCCUAUGCUUGAAAAGAGUAACGUUUUAGUAAUCGGACCGACUGGAUCUGGGAAGACAUUGCUUGCACGUACGCUCGCUCGAGUGUUAGACGUUCCGUUUUCGAUUAGUGAUGCCACAUCAUUUACACAGGCUGGAUAUGUGGGGGAGGAUGUCGACAUGGCCAUACAACGAUUAUUGCAAGCAGCUGACUGGGACCCUACCCGAGCUAGCAUGGGUAUAGUAUACAUUGAUGAGGUCGACAAGAUUGCGCGGAAGUCUGGGGGAGCCGGAACCGAAGGUUCUCGGGAUGUCGGUGGGGAAGGUGUUCAACAGGCCCUAUUGCGCAUGAUGGAAGGAUCGAUGGUCACGGUGCAGGGCAGAUCAUCGGGACUUGAUGUACCCCCAAUCGGUGCUGGCGAAGUUAGAUCACGACCUGGAGCGAGAGGACAGAGCCAAGCUUCUCCACGACCCGAAAUGCAUGACAUCGACACGUCGAAUGUUCUGUUCAUCUUUAGCGGAGCUUUUGUUGGGCUAGAUGCCGUUGUGAAGCGGAGGAUGGCUAGGGGGUCCAUUGGUUUUACUGCUACCUUGGCACCCAAAGAAGAUGAAUCAGAAAGUGGAGGAUCUGUACCCUUUUUCACCUCCAAUCGAGGAUCGUCCCACAAUGUCCUUGACAUGGUGGAACCGACAGACCUCGUGAAAUAUGGGUUCAUACCAGAGUUUGUGUCCCGCAUCCCGUCUAUCGCAACCUUGUCCCCUCUUACUGUUCCGGACCUUCGCCGAAUUCUCACUGAAGUCCAGGGCUCGCUUAUUUCCCAAUAUACCGCUCUCUUUAACUAUUCGGGUGUCGAGAUAAAAUUCACUAGUGCAGCCCUCGAGCAAAUAUGUCGAAAGGCUUCGGAGAGGGGUGGGGGUGCAAGGGGUCUGCGGGGGAUCAUGGAGGGUCUGUUAUUGGAACCAAUGUUCGAGGUACCAGGCUCAAGUGUUCGGCAUGUUCUCAUCGAUGAGGACGUGGCCCUAGGAAAGAAGCCAGCCGUGUAUUGGUCAAGAGCGGAAGGCGCGGCUUUUCGAGCAGCGUGGAUGUGUGAGGAGCGGGGAAAGCGAGUGUAAGAGGAAU